AUGGUGUUUAGCGUAGUCAAGGAGCUUACGCAAGGGGCGACACGUAAGAAGACCGAUGGAGGGACACGGCAUGUCAUGAAUCAACAGGAGGUUGAGGAAUGGAAGGAACAUUUUCAGGCGAUCCAAACGGGCAGAGGGGAGGUCUCGGAAAAUGUCUGGGAGGAUAUGGAAUCGCGGGAUGUUUGUAUGGAGUUAGAUGACCCCCCCACGCAAGAGGAAGUUCGCCGAGCGGUAAAUGCCAUGAAGCGAGGCAAAGCCGGAGGGGAAGACUCCAUGGUGGCAGAAUACCUAAAGCUGGGAGGGGCGGAAAUGCAACGAGUUCUGUACAGGGUUGUCAAGCGUUGUUGGGAGGAGGCAACUCGCGCCCCGGACGGUAAAACGGAAGGAUUGAGAGUCGAAUCUGAAGCCCGUCCCUCCACGGAUGUCCAGUGGAUAGGAGAAAGCAAGUCAGUUAAACACGUGGGAGCAAUGCUGUCGGAGAGGGCGGGGCACACGGCGGAAUCAGAAAGAGCAGCACGCAAAUGCAUACAGAAAAUUGAAGAAAUCUCGUCAGCCUGGACCAAGGGCAAAGCUGCGAAACGUCGCAAACACGAUCUCAAGAAGAGUGUUCGCGUCAAGAUCCUCAAAGCGAAGCAGCGAUGUCCGUUCAAACAGGCUCAAUGGAUCAACUCAUGCCUUCGGGUCGCCGACAUCUCGGAAAUGGACUGGUUCCGCCUGGCUCAGGAUCGCGGACAGGAUCGAGGAACUCAACUACCGUAUCCACCAGUUUGGUAUCUGUACACGGAUGGGUCUGGGGGCAGCGGUGGCUCAGCAGCCGGGCCGCAAAUGGCCGGGUGGGGUGUAGUGGUGUAUGGGGUCAAGGAUCCGAGCCCGGAUCUUCCAUGGUUGGCGGCGUUAUAUGGACCGGUUUGUACGGCGGAGUAUGACCCAGUAUGGAUGGGCGCGCGAAAGGGGACCAACAACACAGCGGAGUUAUCUGCCAUCGGGGAGGCGUGUAAGAGGGCCAUGGUACUGUAUGACUCCGAGUACGCCUACGGGAUAGCGACAAGGUCCAGUUCAGGAAUUGCGAUCUACCCCAACAUCAACCGGACUGCCGGGGCUAAGGUCGACGAACUCGUCGGGACAGUUGAGGAGCAUGGACAGCGGUUGGAGCGGUGUGAACUCCGACUUGAGGACAUACAAUCCUACCGCUUCCUGCGGGUGGAGCAUUCGACGUCACUGGACAAGCUAUGGCAGGAUGUGGAAUCCGGGGAAGUGCUUAAGCCUGCUAUCCGCGGUACUGCUGCACAGGUGCUUUACAAGGAGCUUUGUGAAGUGGUGGGUGCUAUGCAGGACGAGGACGGGCUCAAGGCAAAGGCGGCGGAACUGUCCGGGGAUAAGCGACCUCUGCCGGAAGCAGCCUCGAGACGCGAGGCUGCUGAAGGAUGCAUUUUGGAGAACCUUGUGGAGUGGGUCUCGAGGGACUCCAAGGGGGUUAACAACAUACGGUUGUUGCCGGGGGAACCCUCUCGUUUGGUAUCUGAGCGGAUCAAGCGGACGCUCAAUUGGGCUCUGUACGUGUCGGCUAAGAUGCCAAAUGCCUCGAGUACCCUUCAGAUCUACAUGGACAGAG